CCGAGUGGAGCUGUUUAAGAGAGAGAAAAGAAAAUACUUUAGAGAGAGACAGAGAUAAUAAAUAUAGAAGAGAUCUAGACUUAAAUUUCAUAAAACCGCUUAGCUAAAAAUAUUGGGCUUUCUACAGAAACUCAGCUGAUUUUUGCAGAGAAGAACAAAAGAUGAAAAUAAACUUAAAAUAGCCUUUGUCAGUACUCUACCUCUUGUUAUACUGUAACCGACUGAGUCUCUCUCUCUCUAAAAUUUGUAGACAUCUGAUUCUCUUUCUGUAUUGAUUAUGGUGAUCCGGAAUUUAUCUGUACAGAGGAGGAAAGGGGGCAAAAAGCAGUUAAAUUGCAAUUAAUAGUGUUAUUAUAUGGCUUUCUCAAGUGCAAUUGCUGAGUAUACAUCCCCUCUAGAGCAAGAAAGCAAGCUUCUUGUUGGAGCUCAAUUCAUGGCGUCAAAUAAAGGCAAUAACACCAUCACCACACAUGCAGUCUCGGAACAAGAGCAAAAUUUUCAGGAAAUUCAUCAUCAUCAGCAGCAGAAUAAUCAGAUUUCUUUUGGAAUGAUGCAAUCAGCUUCAUCAGCAGCAGCCAUUCCUUGCAACUUCAUAAACAAAGAUACUGGAGCUUAUGAUUUCGGUGAAUUAGAUCAAGCGCUUUUCCUUUAUCUUGAUAGCCAAGAACAGUCAACGGUUCAAGAACAAAGGCAGAAUUCUGGGAUGAGGCCACACACACUCAAUAUUUUUCCUUCCCAGCCCAUGCAUGAAGAGCCAUCAUCAACACCAGCAACCAAGGCAAGUACUGGAAUAGUUUCACCAGCUACCAGUGGUUCCAAGAGAUCAUCUGAGCCGUCCAUGGAAUUGUCCAACCCUAGAAAUGAAGUCUCUUCUGCUCCUCAACCUGCCGAAGCAGUUAAGCGCGAGAGGAACCGCAAAGGACCUACUUCAAGUUCAGAGCGAGAAGGAUUAAAAACACCAGAUCCUAAGAUUAUCUUGAGCCAAGUAGAACCAUUGACAGAACAACAACUGAUGGGAAUGUAUGGAUUACAGCAAUCCACACAUGAGGCAGAAGAAGCCCUUUCUCAAGGGCUUGAAGCUCUGAAUCAAUCUCUCUCUGAGACCUUAAUCGCUGAUCCACUCAACCUUCCACCAGACGUGAAUAGCUUCAUGAGCACCAUGUCUCUAGCAAUCAACAAACUCUCCACCCUUGAAGGUUUUGUUUGUCAGGCUGAUCACCUGAGGCACCAAACCAUUCAUCGGCUCCACCAACUCCUCACCACCCGUCAAGCUGCGCGGUGUUUCCUGGCCAUCGCGGAGUACUUCCACCGCCUCCGUGCCCUCAGCUCUCUCUGGUUGUCCCGCCCCCGGCAAGAAUGAGAAAAUCCCUUGCCAUGUGCACCUUUUAAUCUAUAGACCUCCUAAUUAAGAAUAUUAAUAGCUUAUCGCUUUUUUUACUAUUUUAUAGAUGUAUAGAGAUCAUAGAAAAACUAAAUUAAGACUUUUAUAAAAGUAGAAGUAAUUAAACUUCAACUGCUUUGUUUU